UGCAGCCGCCGCAGCCUCCAGGUCCCGCGCCACCGCCUCCGCCGCCGCCGCUGCAGCCGCGUCCGCCAUCAGCGCCACCAGCAUGCGGGAGAUCGUGCACCUGCAGGCCGGCCAGUGCGGCAACCAGAUUGGGGCCAAGUUUUGGGAGGUGAUCAGUGAUGAACAUGGCAUUGACCCUACGGGCACAUACCAUGGGGACAGUGACCUGCAGCUGGAAAGAAUCAACGUGUACUACAAUGAGGCCACAGGAGGAAAUUAUGUCCCCAGGGCUGUGCUGGUGGACCUGGAGCCUGGUACCAUGGACUCCGUCCGCUCUGGCCCCUUUGGCCAGAUCUUUCGGCCAGACAACUUUGUGUUCGGCCAGUCUGGGGCCGGCAACAACUGGGCCAAGGGCCACUACACAGAGGGCGCGGAGCUGGUGGACGCGGUCCUGGACGUGGUCCGGAAGGAGGCUGAGAGCUGCGACUGCCUGCAGGGCUUCCAGCUGACCCACUCGCUGGGCGGGGGCACGGGCUCGGGCAUGGGCACGCUGCUCAUCAGCAAGAUUCGCGAGGAGUUCCCCGACCGCAUCAUGAACACCUUCAGCGUGGUGCCCUCGCCCAAGGUGUCCGACACGGUGGUGGAGCCCUACAACGCCACGCUGUCCGUGCACCAGCUGGUGGAGAACACGGACGAGACCUACUGCAUCGACAACGAGGCCCUCUAUGACAUCUGCUUCCGCACCCUCAAGCUGACCACGCCGACCUACGGGGACCUCAACCACCUGGUGUCGGCCACCAUGAGCGGCGUCACCACCUGCCUGCGCUUCCCCGGACAGCUCAACGCCGACCUGCGCAAGCUGGCCGUCAACAUGGUGCCCUUCCCGCGCCUGCACUUCUUCAUGCCCGGCUUCGCCCCCCUGACCAGCCGGGGCAGCCAGCAGUACCGGGCCCUGACGGUGCCCGAGCUCACCCAGCAGAUGUUCGACGCCAAGAACAUGAUGGCGGCCUGCGACCCGCGCCACGGCCGCUACCUGACGGUGGCCGCCGUCUUCCGGGGCCGCAUGUCCAUGAAGGAGGUGGACGAGCAGAUGCUGAGCGUGCAGAGCAAGAACAGCAGCUACUUCGUGGAGUGGAUCCCCAACAACGUGAAGACGGCCGUCUGCGACAUCCCGCCCCGCGGCCUCAAGAUGGCGGCCACCUUCAUCGGCAACAGCACGGCCAUCCAGGAGCUGUUCAAGCGCAUCUCCGAGCAGUUCACCGCCAUGUUCCGGCGCAAGGCCUUCCUGCACUGGUACACGGGCGAGGGCAUGGACGAGAUGGAGUUCACCGAGGCCGAGAGCAACAUGAACGACCUGGUGUCCGAGUACCAGCAGUACCAGGACGCCACGGCCGAGGAGGGCGAGUUCGAGGAGGAGGCCGAGGAGGAGGUGGCCUAGAGCUGCUUCCUGGCUAGGCUUAUGUCCUUUGACCUCUAGAGCCCCAUUCCAUCUCUGACCCCCGCGAACCCCACUUCACCUCCACGCCCAACCCGCCUCCGACUCCGUGAACCCGGUGACCCCGUGAACUUCACCUCCCCCUGAUUCUAACAUAACCUUUGACCCGCAAGAGCCUCACUUCUCCUCUGACCUUUGCCCACUUUUGCCCCUUGAGCCCCACUUUCUCUCUGAACCCCAUGAGCUCUUCCAGCGUUGACAUUCCAGGAGCCCUGCUACCUUUUUGACCCGUCACCCCGACUUUACCUUUAACUCCACUUUAUCUCUGACCCCCAUGAGUUCUAUCUCACCUCUAUACCUGUAAGCCCCUCCCUGUGAGCCUCACUUCACCUCUGACCUGGCCUCACCUCUGACCCCGUGAACCCCACCUGCCCUUGCUCUGGCCUCCAUCGUGAUCCCUGACCUCAUGCCCCUCAGCUCCUGCCCAUCUUGGCUUACCCGAGGUGGGGGAGCACAGUCCCUGGGGGGAAGGCAGGCCUGGAGCCUGUGGGGAAGAGAAGUUGUGCCCCAGCUGCCCCCACCUCCUCUCCCUCAAUAAAUAAACUAACUUUUGUCCUGUCACCCUUCUGUGGAGUUUGUGUUUCAUCUCCCCAUGGAGGGGCACCAAGGAGGACUCCCCCUACAGGAUGGGGUGGGUACUGAUGGGCUGGCUGAUCAGGGGACCUCAGGGUCAGAGACACCAGGCUAGGCCACGGAGGGGGCACUAGUGGUUCAGUAGUAGAUGUGGGUAUGUUCACUGUCUGUCUGUCGUGCUCUUGCUGUCUUGAUAGCUGUCCUGGCUGUCUGUCUGUCCAUGCCCUGACAGUGUCUGCCUCGCCCUGGUUAUGUGUGUGUAUGUCUGUCAUCUGUCUGUCUGUGCUCUGUGUCUGUGAGUCUCAGUCUCACCCUGGUGGUGUGUGCAUGUGUGUUGUCUGUCUGGCUGUUAGUGCUGUAUUCUGACUGUGUUUGUGAGUUCCAGUGACUACCUUGGCUGUGUCUGUCCGUCUGUCUGUCUGUCGAUGCCCUGACGGCUGUCCUGGCCCUGUAUGUGUGUGUGUUAUCUGUCUGUGGGUCUGUCUGGGCUCUGGCUAUGUCUGUGAGUCUCGAUGGCUGCCCUGUGUCUGUCUGCCCAUGCUCUAACAGUGUGAGCCUCACCCUGGUUCUGUGUGUGUCUGUGUGUCUGUUGUCUGUCUGUCUGCGCUAUAUUCUGACUGUGUUUAUGAGGCCCAGUGCCUGCCCUGGCUGUGUGUGUGUUGUUCAUCUGUGCUCGGGCUGUGUCUCUGAGUCCAGUGGCUGCCCUGGCUCUGUGUGUGUGUCCAGUGUCUGUCAGUCUGUGCUGUGCCCUGGCCGCCUGCUGUCCACGUCUAGUCUCUGGCCAGCUCCCUCUGGUGGUCCCACAGUGAAUACCUGUGCGAAUAGACCACAGGAAAGGAGAGUGGAGAGAAGGGGAAGGGGAGACAUUUUUGAGGAUUGUGGAUCCUUGGCUGCUGUGGGGUGCGGGGGGGCCGAGGAGGGGCCCCGGUUGGGUAUGAUGGUGGGGGCCAGACAGAGCCCACCUGCAGGACAGGGCUGGGGCUCUGGUCU